AUGCCAUCUCUCAAGGUCCUUAUCUGCGGUGGUGGUUGUGCCGGGCCUGCUCUGGCAUACUGGCUGGCAAAAACUGGCCAUAACGUCACCAUCGUUGAGCGCUUUCCAGUUCUGAGAGCCACAGGUGCCCAAAUUGAUCUACGUGGCCAAGGCAUCGAAGUCGUGAAACGCAUGGGUCUCAACGACAUCAUCCGGAGCAAACUCGUCGACGAGGAAGGCAUAGCAUUUGUCGACUUGAAUGAAAAGAUCGGAGCGACUAUACUAGCCAACAAGUCUGGCAAAGGGGCACAAACCUUGACUUCAGAGUAUGAGAUUAUGCGGGGUGAUUUGAUUCGUAUUCUCUACGACGCAACGCACCAAAAUGUGAAAUAUAUCUUCGGCACCACGGUUGAGAAUUUCGAACAAGAUGACCAGUCGGUCACCGUUCAUUUCUCGGAUGGCUCAUCAGACACUUACGAUCUUCUUAUCGGAGCAGAUGGUCAAGGAUCGCGUAUUCGAAAGGCGAUCCUGCCGCCCAACUCCCCAGAGCCUUAUCGCAAACUCGGAAUGCAUAUGGCGUACUGGUUCGUCCCCCACGAUGAGACAGACGACAAUUUGAGCAGGAGCUACCUCAGCCCCGGGGAUGACUCCCCCGAGUUGUCAAGUAUACAUCGCGCUUCGGUAGAAACGCAAAAGGAGUUCUGGACUCGAAGGUUCCAAGAUGCAGGGUGGCAAACUAGUCGCUUUCUUGAGGGAAUGAAGACUACGAAGAAUUGGUAUUGCCAGGAGGUUGUUCAGGUCCAGGCAGACACUUGGUAUAAGGGUCGGGUGGCUCUGCUUGGAGAUGCAUCGAGUUGUCCCUCGCCAUUCAGUGGUAUGGGGACAACUGCAAGUUUGGUUGGGGCAUAUGUUCUCGCCGGUGAGAUCAAUCGGCAUGCAGACGAUCUUCCUCGAGCUCUUGCAAGCUAUGACGAAGUGUUCCGACCAUUUGUGAAUGAGGUCCAGAAUAUCAACAUGUCUCUCAUGAAGCUGGCUAUUCCGGAAACGCGAUGGGGGAUCACAAUUCUCCACUUUAUUGUUUGGCUGGUCUGCUUGCUUCAUAUUCCUGAACUUGCCUCGCGGUUCUCAAAGGAACGAGAUGGGGAUUGGAAGUUGCCAGAGUAUCCAGAGUUGAGCCAGAAGGAGGAGGAAAUCAAGAAUGUAAAGAAUUAA